AUGGGAUUCAUGAAUGCUUUCUUUCUCAUCUGUGCUUCAUUUUCUUUCUUUACUGGUUUUGCUAUUGCAGGGAAUUACCAUAUUGAUUGCAACAUCGGUGUGGCGUAUGGAACACAAGGUGACAAUCUUCCACCUCCGAGCAGAGCAUUAGACCCACUACAAACGAGAGUUCGGAGGUUCCGUCUCUUCGAUCCAAAUCCUGACCUCUUAAAUUAUUUUAACAGUACACAAGGUAUAUUUACAAUCGCCAUUGGUGCACUUAAUAAGGAUAUCGAAAACCUUUCCAAGGAUCCGAACUUUGCAAAAGCAUGGGUGAACACAAACAUAGUUAGGUACCCGAGGGUAAAGUUCAAUUAUAUAGUAGUCGGGAAUGAAAUGAUACGUACAAAUGUAUCUAAGUAUGUCCUUCAGGCCAUGAUAAACAUGAACUCUGCUGUGAAGCAAAGUGGUGUCCCGCAGUCUAUCAAAGUGACCACGGUGGUGGCGAUGGGCGUGCUCGGGGUGUCCUAUCCACCUUCUGCCGCGGUUUUUACCACCGAUUCUAUACAAAUAAUGCGAGGCAUCGUUAGUUUCUUGCAAAACCAGGGUUUCCCACUCUUUCUUAACGUUUAUCCUUAUUUCGCCUAUGCUAGUAACCCGUCCAAGAUUAGGUUGGACUAUGCAUUAUUCAACACUACUGAUGUUGUUAUUCAAGAUGGAAAUCUUCAAUACAAGAAUCUGUUUUAUGCUAUGGUUGAUUCGCUGAUUUGGGCAGUUGAAAAAGCAGGUGGCUCAAAUGUUGAGAUUGUGGUGAGUGAAACUGGUUGGCCUUCAGCUGGGAACACAGCUGUGGCCACGGUAGAACAUGCUAAAAUGUACAUUAACAAUAUGAUUACUACAUUGAUGAAAUCAGGGACACCAAAAAGACCAGAACACGCUAUGAGGACGCAUAUUUUCGCAAUGUUUAAUGAAAAUAAAAAGGCCGAAGGAGUGGAAAGAAAUUUCGGGAUUUAUCGCCCGGACUUAACAGAGGUAUAUCAUGUUAACUGGCCUCCUACUGCAUCUUGUGAUAUUGGGAAUCGUUGA